CAGGUACGUAUGCCAGCGAUGGCAGAAUCAGUCGUACUCGCGCACUAAUGUGCGCACGGAGCGCGCGAUCUUUAUGUUAUUAUUUAUUUUACAUAACACCGGUAUUAAUAGCAAAAUUCAAUUUAAACAUAAAUAAAAGUGAUUGUAAAUAAAUCAGGAAAUCAUGUUGCUUUUAUAAAUUCGAUUAGCAAAAAAUGAAGCAACAAAGGCAAAGAAAUAUAUUACGCAUCUAACAUAAUCAUUAAAUUUCAAAAAAGAACAUCGGAAUUCAGUUUUUUAGAGAACUUAGUAUAUAAAAAUGACGGAGGUUCAAAAAUGGAAAGAAGAAGCGCCAGCGAACUUCUAUGCAUGUUGCACAGCGGCACUUAAGGAAGGAAACCAAUCGCCAGAAUCAUUCAGAAAAUGUUGGACCAGAAGGUUGUCACCGCUAUACUGGCGAUUGCCAAUUUUCCUGUGGGCCAUUGUCAUUAUUUCCUGGUCGACCAUUUACUUUUGGGGACCUCGAGAAAAGUUCCUACUAUAUAUGACUCAUUGGGGUCUUGUACUUAUUUUCCUGGAGUCUCUUUUUGGCAUCAUUGUCGUUGUCAAAAAAUACCCUGAGCAACUACCCGAAUCAAAAGGGAUGCCAUGGGUUGUAAAAACCUAUUGGGUGCUAUACAACAUAACUGUGCCUGUGGCGUUUCUUAUCACACUCUUCUACUGGGCAAUUUUAAGAGCUCCGGGAAAGAAAAUCAACUAUGCUCCAAACCCAAUCUUAGACAUAAUGCUGCACGGCGUUAACUCAGGGCUCAUGUUCAUCGAGCUGGUCUUCUCGAGGCACCCUAGCCGACUGCUUCAUAUAAUGCAGCCUCUGUAUUUCGCCCUUGCAUAUCUUCUAUUCACCGUAGCGUACUAUAUCGCUGGAGGACUUGACCCAUGGGGCAACGCGUUCAUUUACCCGGUCAUCGACUGGUCAAAGCCACUACAAACGCUAGUGGUGGUGACCUUAACGGCUCUCUUCCUAGCUCUCAUGCAUAUAAUUACGGUGGUCGUGGCUGCAGUACGCGACUUCAUCAUCAGGAAAAGCUCGAUGAGUAAAAGCGGAGAAUAUAACGACGGUUUCGAAGCAUAGCCGCUUUUACUCGCACUGGUAACGGUUAUAGUACAAAAUUAUAACCGUUUAGAGGACUUUGACAAAACAGUGUAAUGAUAAACGAUAAAGUAUGGCGGUAAUUUUUUUUUUUUGGGUCAUAGUUAUAUUUUCUUACACGAGUAAGCUAAUAUGAUUUGUCGUAUAUUAAGAUUAAUAAAAUAAAGAUCAAUAAAACAUUUAUUGGACGGCAAUCAUUUAAAUCUACUUUGUAUUUUUAUAAACAAUAAGUAAUUACCUCGAUGGCUUUUAAAUUUGUAAAUAAAUAUAAAUGACUCAAAUCAAGAAGUAAUAAACAUUUGUACAUAUAAUUCAUUUCUUACAUUAAAGAAAAAUUGUAAUUAUAAUUAUGUUUAGCUGAAGAGCGUGAACUCCUUGCGACUUCCUUGAAAUAGAGGUUGAUAUUGAGAUGUGAUUGACACACAUAUUGCCAGUGAACUUACGUUCUGUGAAUUAUUUAACCAACCGGUUACCAUUUUUAAAAACGGACGACUUGUUUUGGUAGUACUGAUUAUAUAAUUAAAUGUUAUUGAUUGUGUUCUAUGAUUUUUCUUUUUUUGUGUAUCUCUUUGAUUUAAGUGUGUAUUAACUUUUUUAAACAAUAUUACUGUGAUAUUUAUUUUUAUUGUUAAUAUUAGUUACAGGUAUGAAAAUAAUUAGAUUAAUGGGUUUGCCAUUUUGCAGUAUAAGAUAUUUCUAUAAUAUAUAUACCAAUUUUGUAUCCUUUAAUUUAAAGUGAUGUCAAGGAUUCAGGGUCUUGAUUGUUAAUUGUUUUUCUCUGUGCACUUGGUAUGUAUUGUAAGUUUUCAAAGAAUUAUAUAUACUCGUAAUUAAAUUUUCCUUGAUGUGGAGGUUUCAUGGCUUAAAGACAUUUUAACCAAAAGCUUUAUCCCAAUUUUAGUGCAAGAUAAACAUAAAUAUAUAUAUAUGAAAAUACAGACCAUUACUAAGUAAUGAAAUUUGUAAUAUUUUAAUAUAACAUGUAAGUUUAUAUACAAUAGUAUUUGUAAGCUAUUUAUGAAAUAUAUAAGAAAAA